AUGCAAUACAAUAGCAAAAUUUCCAUCUACAGCAAUGAGGACUACUAUCCAACACCUUCGCAGAAUGUUAUUUCAUACAAGAUGCCUUCAUUGACUCAGACUAGAAGAGCUGUUAUAAAGGCAGAUGUUUAUGCUUUGAUUGUUUAUCUGACGUCUCCUAUGGAUAGUGUUGACUAUAAUAUAUUUUCUGAUUUUUUCCUGAUAUAUCGAAACUUCUUAUCAUCCAUGGAGCUAUACGAUUUAUUGAUAUCCAGGUUCAAAUGGUGCAUCAAUGAGAUCGUUGUCAAUUUCCAGAAAGAUUUUGAAGGUAUUGAUGAAAGGUAUCAUCCAAGGAAGAUUGGUGAAGUUGCUCUAAUUAGAACUUUCGUUUUGUUAAGACAUUGGAUUCUAAACUACUUCAUAAAUGAUUUCUUACCAAACUCUGACUUAAGAAGAAGAUUCAUUAAAUUUUUGAAUCUAAGCAUAAAUGAAACAUACCCAAAGAUUAUUAAUUCCUCAGUGAUCAGUUUGAAGAAAAGUUGGAUUAUGAACUGUAAGAAGACAUGGGAUAAAUUGCAGUUCAAUGAGCCUGGUAAUAUUGGGCAAGAUGAUGAAUGGUUAAUUUAUAUAGUAAAGGACAUCACACAACUCGAAGAGGAGGAAAAAAGAUUCAGCAGAUUAAGUAAUUAUGCACUACAAGAAAUGUCAGAUCCAGAUGCCCGUAAUAAAAAUGUGUUGUCGACUUAUAGAACUUCUGAUGUUUUUAGACUCCCGUUAAAUGAUAACAUUGAUGUUAAUUCCAAGUUUCAGAAACGAACGAUUAAACAAAGCAAGAAUCCUAGAACUGGAUCGAUGGUUCUAUUUCCGCAAGAUAAUUUAUCAAAUCGAUUUCAAGCAGAUACGACUAAUACAACAAAUGAUGAAUUAUAUAGUUUGGCAAGUCAUGAUCGAUUCCAGACCCUCUCAAGCUCGAAUGAUAACAUGCCUCAACGAAAAGUUAGUGUCUUAUCAAGGAUAACGAAUAUAUCUUCUAUUAUAAAAGAACUUGAAUACCCCAAAUCUUCUUCUCUAGAUGUAAUUAUACCUCCGACCCCAUCGAAGAAGGUUGAAUUUAUAUUGAAGACUAAUAUUGUAUCUGAUGAACUUCUUGAGAAAAAUGAUGAUGAAUUGGAAGAUCACUUUGUUGAUGCAUUAGAAGAUAAUCCAGAAGAUAUUCAAACAGGUAGUAGCAAUGUUACAGAUAUCAUUGCUGAUAAUACUUCAGAACAUUUUUCAAUUACUCUAAGUGUUGAGAGGGACAGUAAAGAAAAAAUAGAUAUCGAUGAAAUUGCAGAUACUGUCUUCAAAAAUAAAAAAUCGAAAUCGAUAGAAGAUUUAAAUAUUGGAGAAAAUGCAUCAGAUAUAAAUGGUCCUAUUGGAUUGUUGUCAAAAUGGAAAAAUAAUCAUGCUAAUCGGGCAUAUAGUCAAGAUACUGUUACCGACAAUCAAGCUGUGAAUUCGACAUCAAACUCAAGAUUAGAAUUAGAUAAGUUUGUAAAAUAUGUCAUUUCUAUUUCAUCAAUUGGACCUACUCAAAGUGACUCGGAGGCAAUUUUAAAUACGAUAGCAACUAGCUUUGAUAUAUUAAGUGCCAGAACAAUUGAUGAAGUUGAAUUUUUGAUAGCAAUUGAAAACAAUUUAAUACGCAGGAUGCAUGAUAGAGUUCCAAGUUACAGUGCAAAUAAUAUUGACAGUAGGAAUGUGAUGUCUACUCCAGUAGAAGAAUACAGUACAGUUGAUAAUCUAGACCUAUACCGUACUGUAACUACUAUUGCGAACUCUGUCAUUUCCUUAACGAAUUCUUUGAAUAGAUUAAAUAAACAUGACUCUUCGCCAUUUAAGUAUGAUAAUGCCCAAAGGAGAAUGGUUAAAAGUUCUACGCAAGUUUUUCAAUCUAAUAGCGUUUAUUCAAAUAUUAAAAUGCCGUUAAAACAAGCAUUUUUAAGCAGUCCAGAAUUUAAACAGAAUAAUGGUCCGCAAAGAUUAGUAUUCAAGGGUGGUCAGGAUGAGUUGCAUAAUAAUAAUAAUUUCACAACGCUGCCUAAAAGCAGUAAACGUACAUCGAUUGCAUUUAAAAAAAAUACACCACUUUCAUCUCCUUUAAAAAACAUGACCAUAGAUUUAAAAGAUGACUCUGUUGAAAAUCAAACUAAAAACUCUACGAUGUCAUCGAUCUCUUAUGAUUCUAUGCUUUCUUUGAGUACUCAGAAGUCAGAAAAUGAUUCAAAGACAGGAAGUGAACAAGACUUAAAGUUAUUGAAGAAAAAAUCUGCCAAAAAUAAUCUAAGAGAAAAUUUUACAUUUGAGCAAAAUUCGCCAGUUAGUUCUAAAAUUGGUAGUAUUUCAUCAAACAAAUCUACGGCUAGUAGAAUAAAUUCUUUGACAGAGAGCAAAACUUCUAUGUCAUUAUUAGAAAAACAGAAAAAAUAUGAAACAUACACAGCUAUUAGACCUUCUAGCGGAAGAAUUAGUAUUGUAAAGAGAAACAGUUUACCUCUUUAUCAUAGAAAAGUUACUACUGUAGAUUUAGAAACCUUGAUUGCAGAAGAUGCUGAGUAUCAAGAAAUGGAUAAAAAAUUAAAUGAACUUGAAUUAUCUGGUUUUGAUGAAAUAUCUAUUGCGGGUUCCGAAGUGAAUUCUGUGCAUUCUAAAAGUGUGAUUAAUCCAUCAAACGUAAGCAUAGAAACAUCUCAAUUAAUGGAUGAAAAUUCUAAAUUACAAGAAUUCCAAGCAUAUAAUAACGGAAAUAAUUUAUCCAAUGUUCCCAGCAUUCAUUCUAUCGAAACAAAUAACUCAUUGGAGACAACACUAGAAUCUGUUGAAGAUGGAAACGGAAACUCUAAGAAGAGAUUUUCAGCUUCAAAUGUUAAUAAAUCAUUAAGAGAACAAUUUUUAAAUGAUAAAGUUCCAGAUAUGAAACAAGAAAAUAAUGCUAAUUUCUUAGGUUUGAAAAAUUCAUACGAUACCAAUAGUUUUAAUGAAUCUCCAGCAAAAAUUUCUAAAUAUGUUUAUUCAACUGACAAUGAGACUAAUAGUAAUGCCUCUCCUGAUAAGAAUAUUGAUAAUAUAAAAGAAAGAUUUUUGAAUUUUGAGGGAAACAAUGAAUUAUCUGAUUCCAGUUUAAAGAAAGAUGAAUCAGAAAUGGACUUCAAAAAGAUAGAUGAUGAUAACGGUGAUGAUGUUGCUGAUGAUGAAAUAUUUCCUAAGGGUCUAGAGGCCAUAAGUAAAUUACCUGAUGAUUCUAUAUAUGAUGAUCCAUUGGCGAUCGCUUUAAUGAAAUUGGAAGGUACAUUUACUAAGAGUGAAAAUCCAGUGACUGGGGUUUCUGGGGAUAUUUUAAGAAAAACUGGAAUCAGUGUGUCAACUCGAUCAGCCAAGAGAAAUUCAAUGUUUUUUGAGAAAAGAAGAAAUACCAUUAUGAAUAUUCCAUUCACUCCUGAAUCUAAAAAGGAUAUUACUUAUGAGGAGCAAGAUAUUGGUAGCAUCACUCCAGAUAAAAUACAGGAACUAUUCCAACAAUACACAUUAGAAGAUCCGCGAUUAAUGAUAUCUAAUAAAUCUCAUCAUAUUCCAUUCAUACUAAUGUAUGAAUCGAUUUCGAUUGCUGAACAAUUAACAUUGAUUGAAAAAGAGUUAUUGAAAGAAGUGGAUUGGGAAGAAUUACUGAAUUUGAAAGUUGUCCAUGAGGGUAUCCCUGUGAACAGUUGGUUACAAUUAUUAAUUCAAAAUGAAACAUUAUCCGGUAUUGAUCUAGUCAUAUCUCGAUUCAAUUUAACUGUUGAUUGGAUCAUUUCUGAGAUCUCAUUAACUACUAAUACUAAAUUGAAAAGAAACACCAUUCAAAGAUUUAUCCAUGUUGCAGAGCACUGCAAAAACCUUCAGAAUUACAAUACGUUAUUAGAAAUUGUUCUAGCAUUGAAUUCAUCUAAAGUCCAAAGUUACCGAGAAGCCUGGAGGCUGAUUGAACCAGGUGAUAUCCUAUCAUGGCAAUCAUUGCAAACAAUCCCGUCCCUGGAUAGUAAUUAUUCUUCGAUCAGACAGUUAUUGAAUGAUGUUGACCCUAUAAGAGGUUGCAUACCGUUCAUUGUAGUAUAUUUAUCUGAUCUGUCAUUAAAUUCCGAAAAGAGAGAUUGGAUAGUCGAAAACCAAGUAGUUAACUAUAACAAAUUUGAAACAAACGUCCAAAUAGUGAAAAACUUCAUACAAAGAGUCCAAUGGUCAAAAUUUUACGAUCUGAAAGUUAACGAAGAAUUACUGAGCAAAUGUGUCUAUAUUGCAUCACUCACUAAGGAUGAGUUGGAAUUACUAGAAUGA